CCAACUUGAUGCACAUUAUUGACUUAACCCAUAAGGAUAAUCCAACCAUCUUGCUCACUCAUCAUUUCAACACGGUUGGUGAUGGUCCAAUAACAGAUGUUGAGACAUGCUCAGACACAGUUGCUGUAGCCAUUGGCAGUAACACAGUGACCGCUCAUGGACAUGUAGAACUAUUCCUUCCCUUCACACAUUUUGACUCCCAAUUAACAAAAAUUGGGCGUGUUCCAGCCGGACAUACACCAAAGGACAUGGCAUUUACAUCUGACUGUUCCAGGUUAAUUGUAGCAAAUGAAGGCAAACCAGGAUUACUCCACAAUACGUUUGAAGAUCCACGAGGUUCAAUCUCUGUUAUCAUAAAAAACGAUCAAGGAUUUCCGCCAGAAGUUAAUACUAACUUUGAUAGUUUUAACGAUAGAGUGAACGAAUAUAUUAGAAACGGAGUCCGUUACAUAUUCCGAGGUGACCAAAGUGCCAACGUAGAAACUACAUUUUCUAAAGAUUUAGAACCAGAAUCUGUCGCUAUCGAUCAAGACGAUCGAUAUGCAUAUAUAUCUCUUCAAGAAAAUAAUGCCGUGGUCAAGUUUGAUAUCACACAAAACAGGAUUAUAGAGAUAUAUGCACUUGGUGUCAAAAACUGGACGAAUUUCGACAUGGACGCUAGUGACAGAGACGGAGGUCCAAAUCUGAAACGUCAUCAUAUAUUCUCCUUUUACCAACCACGUGAUAUAAAAAUUGGAGUUGUCAACGGCCAAUCAUAUUUAUUCACUGCAAACACUGGUGCUAUUAAAAAAUUAACUCAGCAAAACGAAGGCUUUGAUUUCACAGAUGCUGCAAGAGCAAGGACUCUCCAUAAUAAUGGUGCAAUUGAUGAAGUUUUAGUAGGAGCUGAUAAUAAAGCAAAGAUAAACAACGAUGCUGAUUUAGGUCGUUUACAUGUAAGUGGAAUGGAUGGUCUAAACAGCCAGGGCCUUAUACAGUACAUUCAUGCAUAUGGCAGUCGCAGUGUUUCAAUGUGGAAUACUGCCACUUUUCAGCGUGUAUAUGAUACCGGCGAUGACAUGGAAAGAGAGGCUAUCAACAAAUAUUCUUCCACAUUUAACGGUGACUGUGAAAAUAUCAAUCUAUCACCAGCUGGCGAAAUGGAUCUCAGAUCGGAUGACUAUGGCGUUGAACCUACAGCUGUUGCCUUCGGUACACAUAGUGGAGCUCCACUGAUAGUCACAGCAUCAAGAUCAGGGAUGAUAUACGUGUUCAAUGUUAUUGGCACAGCUCUAUCAUUCCAAUCCGUACACCGAAGAGGAGGAACAAAUCAAGCAUGGAACCUGUUAUACCAGAACAACUCUACUGGGGAUUGUCUGAUCUCGGACAUAGGAUAUGUGGAUGAAAGCGCAUUACCGGAUAGAACGGGAUUAGUUUAUGUUAUUGGCUCUGGAUCCAGCUCUGUUAGUCUCUAUGAAAUAUAUGAUAACGGCAUUACCAAAAAAUAAAUA